UCUUCUUGCAUACAUGAACUUGUGCUCUCUAUAUAAAAGCACAAUACAAACAUGGAACUCAAGACCAUCAAAGACUUGAAUUCUCUUCAUUGAAACAGAAUAUAGAAAGAUAUAAUGCCUGGAUUGACAAUGGAGGCAUUGAAUGGAGACAGUGGCGGAGUAGAAGAAUCUAAUGGAAGCUACAAGGUGUAUAAGGACAGCAAUUUACAGCAAAGGUCUCCAAGAAGUCCAUUGAGUCCACAGAGUCCCCCGAGUGACUCCAUUGAUCUGGCCAUUGAUGGAAUAGUUGAGACAUCAAUUGAGCAGCUUUAUCACAAUGUGUGUGAGAUGCAAAGCUCUGAUCAAUCUCCAUCAAGGGCUAGUUAUGGUUCAUAUGGUGAGGAGUCAAGGAUUGAUUCAGAAUUGCGGCAUCUUGUUGGGGAUAUUGUUGGAGAGGAAGAGAUGAUGAAAGAGGCAGUAGAGGAGGUGGAGAAUAAGGAAGAGAGUGAUGGCGGAGCUGGCGGCAAAUUUACUCCAAAGGAAGUAAAUGGCUUUACUGAUAGAAAGGUUGCAAAGAAUGGUAGAAGGCAAAAUUCUCCAACAAAGUCAAGUCCUAAGGCCAAACCUUCUAAAGAAAGACCUGCAUCUGAUAAAAAGAAUGAAAGAAAUAUAAGGAAACCAACUAAUGCUUUCUCUAUGAAGAAGCAAAGACGGAAUGGACUGGAGGAUCCUGAGACGGCAUUAGAUAAUCCAGAUCUUGGACCCUUUUUACUUAAACAAACGAGACAUGUGAUUUCUACAUGUCAAAAUCCCCAGAAAGCUCUUGAAUUGGUUACGCAAGCGAUGAAAUCAUUUGAGGUAUGUGCAAAUGGGAAACCUAAUUUAGAGCAAGUAAUGUGUUUGCAUAUUAUGUCAGCAAUAUACUGCAGCUUAGGCCAAUACAAUGAGGCACUUCCUAUUCUUGAGCGUUCAAUUGAAAUUCCAGUCAUUGAGGAUGGCCAAGAUCAUGCACUGGCUAAAUUUGCUGGGUGCAUGCAGUUGGGUGACACUUAUGCAAUGUUGGGUCAGAUUGAGAAUUCCAUACUGUGUUACACAGCAGGCAUGGAGAUCCAAAGGCAAGUCUUGGGAGAAACUGACCGUAGAGUUGGUGAGACAUGUCGGUAUGUGGCUGAGGCUCAUGUUCAAGCAUUUCAAUUUGAUGAGGCAGAGAAGCUUUGUCAGAUGGCUCUUGACAUUCACAGGGAGAAUGGUUCUCCUGCUUCUAUCGAAGAAGCAGCGGACAGGAGACUCAUGGGACUCAUUUGCUACUCAAAAGGAGAUUAUGAGGCUGCUCUUGAGCAUUAUGUUUUAGCAAGCAUGGCCAUGGCAACCUAUGGCCAUAAAAUAGAUGUGGCUUCAAUUGAUUGCAGCAUUGGAGAUGCAUAUUUAUCCUUAGCUCGAUUUGAUGAAGCAAUGUUUUCUUAUCAGAAAGCAUUCACUGUGUUCAAGUCAGCUAAAGGAGAAAAUCACCCCACUGUUGCUUCAGUUUUUGUACGUUUGGCUGAUUUGUACCACAAGAUAGGAAAAUUAAGGGACUCCAUGUCUUAUUGCGAAAAUGCGCUCAAAAUCUAUAGCAGGCCUAAUCCUGGAAUCCCCUCUGAAGAGAUUGUCUGUGGUUUAAUUGAUAUUGCUGCUAUAUAUCAAUCUCUGAAUGAAUCAGACAAGGCACUCAAGUUACUCAAAAAGUCUUCAAAAAUAUUCAGCAAUACCCCAGGUCAACAAAGUACUAUUGCAGGAAUUGAAGCCCAGAUGGGGGUUAUGUAUUACAUGAUGGGCAAUUAUUCAGAGUCCUACAACAUCCUGAAAAGUGCCAUUUCCAAAUUUCGGUCUAGUGGCGAGAAAAAGUCUGCCUUGUUUGGUCUGGUGUUGAACCAAAUGGGUCUUGCAUGUGUGCAGCUUUAUUCAAUAAAUGAGGCAGCUGAUUUUUUUGAAGAAGCAAGGAGUAUUUUGGAGAAGAACUAUGGACCAUAUCACCAUGACACAUUAGGGGUUUACAGCAAUCUGGCUGGAACCUAUGAUGCAAUGGGCAGACUAGGUGAUGCUAUUGAAAUUCUGGAACAUGUUGUUGGGAUGAGGGAAGAGAAGCUCGGAACAGCAGACCCAAAUGUCGAAGAUGAGAAGCAAAAAUUAGACGAAUUGUUGAAAGAUGCAGGGAGGGUUCGGAACAGAAAAUUGAGGUCACUUGUCACCUUUCUUGGCGACAGCAGCCCAAAAUAGUAAAAGUAGAUGAAAUUGAAGUAUCAUAAUUGCUGAGAAUGUAUAUAAUUGCGUUUGUAAACCAUCUUCUAGGCUGAAAUUAGGUUGUUGGUUUGUCCAUUCCUUCUGGCAGAUACUGAAAAGAAAGAACACCAGAUCUUAAAAGAGAGCUGCAUUUAUACUCAAGUUUGUUAAAAUUCCUUCGUCACAAUCUUCCUUGUAUGUCUUGAACUCUACUUAAGAAAAGGUGUGGUUUCAUUA